AUGGCAACUGCUGCUCCACCGAUGCUCCCGGAUGUACCGCCUUCGGUCACCGCGGUCCCUGCGGCUUCACUAGAGCCUGCAGCAGCCGGGCCUCCCGAACCAAAACAGCCAACAAAGGUCGUCGACCAUGCUCCUGCGGAAGCGGCUUCCACAGGUGCGGCGGUCCCCGAUGCUCGAGAGUCAAAGAGCAAAGGCGCGGAACCCGUUCCCGACGCUAGCCGCCAGGACCCCGACGCUGUCUGUGCACUUUCACCCCCGACCUUGGCUGACCAAAGCACUACAAGCCAGAGUCAGAAAAUGUCGCACAAUUCGCACCGGCAUCACAGCAGACGACACGUGGCGCUCGACGAGAGUGCUUUCGAUAGUAAUAGCACCAGUCCCCCAAGCAGAACGGCAAAGGCGGAUUACAGAGCGUACGUUUCCAAAGUUCCCAGGAAGCAUCGGUCUCACCACAAGUCCUUUCAGUAUGAAGACCAAUCCAAUGAAAAAGAUGGAAAGGAUACAGCUUUCGCCAGUGAUCAUCGCACUGACAGACAGUACAGUGUCUACAGUCACAGUGGCGAGGAACAGGUGGACGAACUGGCUGAAGGCACGGCCUCACCAGUACAGUCGCUUAAAUCUCCCCCUAGGAGCAAAGGAAGAUCAAGAUCCCGGGCCGCAAAGCAACGAAAAGCAGUUGCGGCAGCAUCGGAGUCGUUACCAGCGUCCAGCGCUCGGGAAGACUCGACCGCAGAGACCGAUUUGUCGCGCAAUUCUAGCACUUCGUCAGGCGGCCCACCUGUUACAAACGUUAGUGGCAUAGACAGAGAGAUUCUUAAAAAGCUGAUUGAAGCUCUAGCCGCGCGUAGACAAGUGCCGUCUCUGCCAGUCUCUCCGUGUUCCGAGAAGGAACAGGAAAACAAAGGCAAAUGCCAACACGCGAGAGGACUGGGUAAAGACAGGCAUCAUCCCGAAAAGAAAGAACGGGAACAAGACAACUCUGAAGACUUCUUCGAAGAAAUUGUUGAAGAAAUCGUAGAGCCUCAAAAUGGUGCAAAAGGAACCGGUGACAAAGACGCACCUUGCGGCUGUUGCCAAGGCCAGAGCGUCGCAAUCGAUGAUCUAGACCAGCGUCAGUUGAGCUUGGAGGAAGUUCUACGCCAUGAAGAUAGCAUUCGCUUUGACGCGCAACUCGAAGAUCGGAGAAGAUUGUUGGACGAAGAGAGGAUUCGGGAGGAAGAACGACUGGCGUUCAGGGAGUACCUGAGCCAGCGGGACGAGGUCCUGGACGACGGCGCCGGGCGUCUGCCAGACACGCCGCUGCAGGAGCUCAAGGAGGCGCUGCAGCGGGAGCUGGCGAAGCGCAGAGACGCGAGGGCGAAGCUUGAGGCGGCUCGUUCACAGGCAGCCGGCAGUACGGCGCCUCAGGUUGCCGCGCCGUCUUCUGGACAGGCUCCACUUGGUACCGAGGUGAAGGCGAAAGAACCGAGUAUGCCGGGCACCUUGAAGUCGGAUCCGGGCAAACAGGCAUUUUGCGCCAACCGACGCACAUCGCGUCCGAGUUUGCAGCUGGGCACAACCCGUAGGGCCUCGUUCGCGCCGGAGCUGGAGACCAUAGCCGGCACAGCACCAUCUUCACCUGCAAACAUGGACGCAACAAAGGCUCCGGCGUCGAUAUGA